UUGUCUUUGGGCAAUUUCUCUCUCUUUCUUUCUCUCUCUGCCCUCCCCGGCCGGCGCACGGCAGCAAAGAACAUAGAGGCGCUUUCUUCAUCUACAUUUAUCUACCUGAGAUUUCUUCUCUUUGCAUUUGAGAUCUUCAGGUAUAGGUAAGGAAGGUAAGUUUAAAGGAGGAUAAUAUAUAGGUUAAAAUGUCGGAGGAUGAUAAGUUGUUGAAGGAGGCCAAGAAACUUCCAUGGGAGGAUCGAUUGACACACAAAAAUUGGAAGGUACGGAAUGAUGCGAACAUCGACCUAGCCGCCUUAUGCGACUCUAUCACGGAUCCCAAGGAUCCACGCCUUCGCGAGUUCGGGCCGUUUUUCAAGAAGGCUGUUGCGGAUGCAAAUGCACCGGUUCAGGAGAAGGCUCUCGAUGCUUUAAUUUGUUUUCUGAAAGCAGCCGAUGCUGAUGCCGGAAGGUACUCUAAAGAAGUAUGCGACGCAAUUAUCACAAAAUGUCUCACAGGUAGGCCGAAGACAGUGGAGAAGGCACAAAUGAUUUUCAUGCUUUGGGUAGAGUUGGAGGCCGUGGAAUCAUUCCUGGAUGCCAUGGAAAAAGCUAUAAAAAACAAAGUUGCAAAAGCAGUUGUUCCAGCAAUUGAUGUCAUGUUUCAAGCGUUAAGUGAGUUUGGUGCAAAAGUUAUACCACCUAAAAGAAUUUUGAAGAUGCUUCCUGAGCUCUUUGAUCAUCAAGAUCAAAAUGUUCGCGCCUCAUCUAAAGGGUUGACACUUGAACUUUGCCGGUGGAUUGGAAAGGAGCCAGUGAAGUCAAUUUUGUUUGAGAAAAUGCGGGACACUAUGAAAAAAGAACUGGAGGCUGAACUUGCCAAUGUCACUGGGAUGGCCAAACCUUCUCGUAAGAUAAGAUCUGAGCAAGACAAGGAGCCAGAGCAAGAAAUUAUUCCAGAAACUGGGGGUUCGGGUCCGUCAGAUGAAGUCACCUCAGAUGCUCCUCAGGAAAUUGAUGAGUAUGAGCUUGUUGAUCCCGUUGAUAUCUUAACUCCAUUGGAGAAGUCAGGGUUUUGGGAUGGAGUGAAAGCUACAAAAUGGCUGGAGCGGAAAGAUGCUGUCGCUGAACUGACUAAACUUGCUUCCACAAAAAAGAUUGCUGCCGGUGAUUUCUCUGAAAUUUCUCGGACUCUUAAAAAGCUUGUUACAGACGUGAACAUUGCUGUUGCUGUUGAAGCUGUUCAAGCUAUUGGAAAUCUUUCCCGUGGUCUACGUACAAAUUAUUCUGGGAACUCACGUCUUUUAUUGCCUGUUUUACUUGAAAAACUCAAGGAAAAAAAGCCUACAUUUGCUGAGGCACUUAUCCAGACACUACAAGCCAUGCACAAAUCUGGAUGCUUGAAUCUUGCAGACAUUGUUGAAGAUGUAAAAGUAGCUGUGAAAAAUAAAGUCCCCCUUGUUCGUUCAUUGACCUUGAAUUGGGUCACAUUUUGCAUUGAAACGAGCAAUAAAGCAGUGGUACUCAAAUUGCAUAAAGAAUACGUAUCAAUAUGUAUGGAGAGUCUAAAUGAUGGAACACCUGAAGUUAGGGAUGCUGCCUUUUCUGCUUUAGCAGCUGUUGCAAAGUUGGUUGGAAUGAGACCCUUAGAAAAACCUUUGGAGAAGCUUGAUGAUGUCAGAAGAAAGAAGCUCUCUGAAAUGAUUGGGGCUUCUACUGGUGGAGCCGUUGGUUCAGGCUCAGCUACUUUGCAGACUUCAGCUGGAGGUGUCUCUGUUGUGGAGGCUUCUAGUGGAGCAUUUGUCAGAAGGUCAGCUGCAAGCAUGUUGAGUGGGAAGAAGCCUGUCCAGGCUGCUCCUACUACUAUUAAGAAAGGAGCCGUUGAUAAAUCCGUUGCAAGUAAGAAAGGAGAUGCUACUGGACAGGCAAAAUCAUCUAAACCUGCUGAACCAGAAGAUGUGGAGCCUGGUGAAAUGAGUAUUGAAGAGAUUGAAAGCAGAAUCGGUUCCUUUAUACAAGCAGAUACCAUUUCCCAGUUGAAAAGUGCUGUGUGGAAAGAACGCCUGGAAGCAAUUGUGUCAUUGAAAGAACAGGUUGAAGGGAUACAAGAAAUUGACCAAUUGGUGGAGAUUCUAGUUCGUCUACUUUGUGCUGUUCCUGGAUGGACUGAGAAAAAUGUUCAGGUCCAGCAACAAGUCAUUGAAGUUAUUACCCACAUAGCUUCUACAGCUUCAAAGUUUCCAAAAAAAUGUGUUGUUCUUUGCAUUCAUGGUAUAAGUGAACGAGUUGCUGACAUCAAGACUAGAACUCAUGCUAUGAAGUGCCUCACUGUUUUUUCUGAAGCUGUUGGACCAGGAUUCGUUUUUGAGAGACUUUAUAAAAUCACGAAGGAACACAAGAAUCCUAAGGUUCUUAGUGAGGGUAUACUGUGGAUGACUUCAGCUGUUGAAGACUUUGGUGUUUCCCAUUUGAAGCUUAAGGAUUUAAUUGAUUUCUGCAAAGACAUAGGUCUACAAUCAAGUAAUGCUGCAAUUAGAAAUGCCACUAUAAAGCUUAUUGGAGUCUUGCACAAGUUUGUAGGUCCAGAUAUUAAGGCGUUUCUCUCUGAUGUUAAACCUGCUUUACUAAGUGUUCUGGAUACAGAGUAUGACAAAAAUCCAUUUGAGGGUGCAUCGGCUAUUCCAAAGAAAAAUGUGAAGGCCUUGGAAUCUACUCCGGCUUCCGGUGGUGGUCUAGACAGUUUGCCACGUGAAGAUAUUAGUGGAAAAAUUACACCUAUGGUUCUGAAGGGCUUGGAAAGUUCUGAUUGGAAGAUUCGUCUGGAAUCUAUUGAAGCAGUGAAUAAGAUACUAGAAGAGGCCAAUAAACGAAUUCAACCAACUGGGACUGGGGAACUGUUUGGGGCUCUUAGAGGUCGAUUGAAUGACAGCAACAAGAACUUGGUUAUGGCUACACUGUCUACGAUUGGGGGUGUUGCUUCUGCAAUGGGUCCUGCAGUUGAAAAGGCUAGCAAGGGAAUUCUAUCUGAUAUCCUUAAAUGCCUUGGUGACAAUAAGAAGCAUAUGAGAGAAUCCGCACUUUCUACAUUAGACUGCUGGCUUGCUGCUGUCCACCUAGAUAAGAUGGUUCCUUAUGUUGCUGCAGCUUUAACUGAAAACAAACUUGGUGCAGAAGGCCGUAAAGAUCUAUUUGACUGGGUGUCGAAGCAACUUAAUGGAGUAAACGACUUUUCUGAUGCUGUAUACUUGUUAAAACCAGCUGCUUCUGCUAUGAUGGACAAAUCUGCUGAUGUUCGCAAAGCUGCUGAUGCAUGCCUUGGUGAAAUUUUAAGAACUUGUAGUCAAGAUGCUGUGACAAAAGCCGUAAGAGAUAUUCAAGGACCUGCUCUUAACAUUAUACUUGAGCGGGUGAAUCUGCAUGGUUCAUUUCAUGAAAGCUUUGAGUCUGCAGCAAAGCCAGUAUCAAUGGCUUUGGCUCCAGGUUCAAAAGCUGGCACGAAGGUUGGAAAAUCAAGUUCAAAUGGUCAUGUAGAUCGUCUACCGAAGCAUGGAGCUAGAGGAGCAACAUCAGCAAGAGCAAAUCCCACAAGGGCUUCAAGGCCAGAAUCAAUUAUGUCCAUGCAAGAUAUCACCCUACAAUCUCAGGCUUUGUUUAAUGUAAAAGAUUCAAAUAAGGAUGAGAGGGAAAGGCUGGUGGUAAGAAGAUUUAAGUUUGAAGAGCUACGACUUGAACAGAUUCAAGAUUUAGAAAACGACUUUAUGAAGUAUUUUAGAGAGGAUUUGCACAGGAGGCUUCUUAGCACUGAUUUCAAGAAGCAAGUUGAUGGGAUUGAGUUGUUGCACAAGGCUCUUCCAUCAAUUGUUAAGGAUGUAAUUGAAGUUCUUGAUGUACUUCUCAAAUGGUUUGUUCUUCGAUUUUGUGAAUCUAACACAUCAUGCUUAUUAAAGGUGCUGGAAUUUCUUCCUGAUCUUUUUGACGCAUUGAAGAGUGAGGGUUACGUAAUGACAGAAUCAGAGGCUUCCAUUUUUCUUCCUUGCUUGAUUGAGAAGUCAGGGCACAAUAUCGAGAAAGUACGAGAAAAAAUGAGGGAACUGAUCAAACAAAUAGUUCAUACAUAUUCAGCAGCUAAAACCUUUCCUUAUAUUUUGGAAGGCUUGCGUUCCAGAAGCAACAGAACCCGGAUAGAAUCUGCUGAUCUUGUUGGAUUUUUAAUUGAUAACCAUGUAGCUGAGAUUGCAGGACAGCUGAAAUCAUUGCAAAUUGUUGCUAGUUUAACAUCUGAACGGGACGGUGAAACUCGGAAAGCUGCUCUCAAUUCAUUGGCCACUGGUUAUAAGAUUCUUGGUGAUGACAUAUGGAAGUAUGUUGGAAAGUUGACUGAUGCUCAAAGGAGCAUGAUAGAUGAAAAGUUCAAGUGGAAGGCACGUGAGAUGGACAAAAGGAGGGAGGGACGACCUGGGGAUGCUAGGGCUUCAAUGAGGCGUUCUGUUCGGGAGAAUGGGUCUGAAGCCACUGAGCAAAGUGGUGAAGUUUCAAGGCCAGUAUCUGCUCCAAUCUUUGCGAGGGAAGCAUAUGAUCAUCACGAGUUACAAAUGGAUAGGUUUUCGAUUCCUCGAGGAAUUGCAGGCUUAGCAGGUCCAAUUGAUUGGAACGAAGCUCUUGAAAUCAUCGAAAGUGGCUCCCCAGAGCAGUCUGUCGAGGGAAUGAAAGUUGUCUGCCAUGAAUUGGCACAAGCCACUAGUGGUCCUGAAGGCAGUGCAAUGGAUGCUAUCAUAAAAGAUGCAGACAGGCUUGUUGCUUGCUUAGCAGACAAGGUUGCCAAAACUUUUGAUUUCAGUCUAUCAGGUGCCUCUUCAAGGUCCUGUAAAUAUGUUUUGAAUACAUUAAUGCAGACAUUCCAAAAUAAACGACUUGCGCAUGCCGUCAGAGAACGCACUCUUGAUAGUCUCAUCACAGAACUCCUACUUUGGCUAUUAGAUGAAAGGGUAUCUCGAAUGGAUGAUGGCAGCCAGCUGCUCAAAGCAUUGAAUGUGUUGAUGCUUAAAAUCCUGGACAAUGCUGAGCGAACAUCAUCUUUUGUUGUGCUUAUUAAGUUGUUAUGCCCAUUGGACCCAUCAAGGUGGCCAUCACCAGCUUCAAAUGAGGCAUUUGCAACAAGAAAUCAGAAGUUUUCUGAUUUAGUUGUUAAAUGUCUUAUCAAACUUACAAAGGUUCUUCAAAUCACAAUAUAUGAUGUUGACCUUGAUCGAAUCCUUCAGAGCAUACAUGUGUAUUUGCAAGAACUGGGAAUGGAAGAAAUCCGAAGAAGAGCUGGGGCAGAUGACAAGCCACUACGAAUGGUGAAGACGGUUCUGCAUGAGCUCGUAAAGCUUCGUGGGACAGCAAUCAAGGGUCAUCUUUCCAUGGUGCCAAUUGACAUGGAACCCCAACCAAUAAUUCUUGCCUACAUUGACCUCAACCUGCAGACAUUGGCUGCAGCCAGAAUGUUGACCCCAUCUGGGACUGUUGGCCAAGCUCACUGGGGUGAUUCAGCUGCCAAUAAUCCAUCUCCAACAACUAACUCUGCAGAUUCUCAAUUGAAGCAAGAACUAGCUGCUAUUUUCAAGAAGAUUGGAGAUAAACAAACCUGCACCAUUGGUCUGUACGAGCUUUACCGCAUUACUCAAUUAUAUCCGAAGGUUGAUAUAUUUUCCCAGCUUCAGAAUGCUAGUGAGGCUUUUCGAACAUACAUUAGAGACGGCUUAACCCAGAUGGAAAAGAAUGCAGCAGCUGGAAGGACACCUUCAAGUGUACCUCUGUCCACACCUCCCCCAUCAGCCAUGAACCUUACUUCCCCCAAGUUUGGUCAUUUGUCGCCUGUAAAUAAUACAAAUCCACUAAUGGAUGCAAAAUCUCAGAACAAUAAAGUUGCUGAACCUACCAGUUUUAGUUUACCCCCCUCUUACAUUGAAGAUGACAGGACUGCUGCCAAUACUGAUAGGAUUCAAUCUGGAAUCAGCAGUGGAACAUUAGAUGCAAUCAGAGAAAGAAUGAAGAGCAUGCAAUUAGCAUCAGGUGGCGGUGGUGGUGGGAAUCAUUAUGAACCAAGUGGCAGGCCAUUGAUGAGCAUGUCUGCGAAUAUGAGCCAAGGAUUUAAUAGUAUUGCUGCUACUGCUUCCACAAAUCACAUAAUUGGUGAGAAUAUUAUUCCUGUACAAGGCCAUCAUGGUGGAGGAGGAGGGGUUCUCCCCAUGGAUGAAAAAGCUCUCUCUGGUUUGCAGGCGAGGAUGGAGAGACUCAAAAGUGGUUCAAUUGAACCCUUUUAGGUGACUAGAAAGAAGAAAAUGAUGCAGCUCUUCUACUAAUAUAUUGUCUUUAUAUUAAUCUUUCAUUUCCUAAAUGAAGAAGAAGAAGACAUCCCUGAGGUGGUGUAAUUAAAGAAAAUUUAUUAGAUUGGUGCUGCGGCAGCACCAACCAUUCAUUCAUGCGUGGUUUAGAAGAGAUGUAGUUCAAGUAUCCCCCCUUUUUCAUCCUGUUUAUGUUGGUUUGCGGUUCAUAGCAGCAGAUAUCUUAAUCUGUGUAAGAUGUUUGGAGAUUCAGUCAAUUUUGAUAGUACACAGAUUUCUUCAUCUACUUGUCAUCAUCCAUUUUCACUUCAGGACUUGGCUCCUGAAAUUCAACAAUCUGUGUUAUGGUCUUUUUUUUUAUGCAUCAUUGUAUACUACUAACUAGUGUGCUAUUCCUCCAUUUUUUUAUUUUUCACGUUUCUCUCUAUUA